UGGACUAUGGUAAUGAUCGGCCAUGUUAACACUACUUCCUUUAUCGGGAGUUAGCUGGGAAUAGCAACUCUAAGCGAUUGAUUUUUCACGCUUUUCUCCCGAUCGCCAAAUUAGUUUUGAGAACUGAGCUUCACAAUGGCUGCUAGACUACCUGCAUGUGUUAUAGACCCUGGGACGGGGUAUACAAAGAUGGGCUUUGCUGGGAAUACUGAGCCACAGUUUAUUAUUCCGUCAGCUAUUGCCAUCAAGGAGACAGCCAAGGUAGGCGAGCAAUCACAACGCAGAUUAGCAAGAGGAGUUGACGAUCUGGACUUCUUCAUUGGUGAUGAGGCAGUCGACAAGCCAAAUUAUGCAUGCAAGUACCCUGUGCGUCAUGGUAUUGUCGAGGAUUGGGAUCUCAUGGAAAGAUUUCUCGAACAAACCAUCUUCAAGUAUCUCAGGGCUGAACCUGAAGAUCACUACUUUCUUAUGACGGAACCCCCACUGAAUACUCCAGAGAACCGUGAAUACACCGCAGAAAUCAUGUUUGAAACUUUCAAUGUUCCAGGAUUAUAUAUCGCCGUACAGGCCGUGUUAGCUCUGGCCGCAUCCUGGACAUCGCGGCAGGUUGGGGAGCGUACCUUGACGGGCACUGUCAUCGACAGCGGAGACGGAGUCACCCACGUCAUCCCUGUGGCCGAAGGUUACGUUAUCGGCAGUUGUAUCAAGCACAUUCCCAUUGCUGGUAGGGACAUCACAUUCUUUAUACAGCAGCUGCUCCGUGAGCGAGAGACUGGUAUCCCGCCAGAACAAUCUCUAGAGACGGCUAAAGCAAUCAAGGAACGAUGGGGCUACAUCUGCCCAGACAUAGUUAAGGAGUUCAACAAGUAUGACAAUGACCCGGGCAAGUGGAUGAAGAAAUACGACGGGGUCAAUGCCAUCACCAAGAAGCCUUUCUCUGUGGAUGUCGGAUACGAACGUUUCCUGGGACCAGAGAUAUUCUUCCAUCCAGAGUUCAGCAACCCUGACUUCACAACCCCAAUCUCUGAGACAGUGGACAUGGUCAUCCAGAAUUGCCCUAUUGACGUCAGGAGACCUUUGUACAAGAAUAUUGUUCUGUCUGGAGGUUCCACCAUGUUCCGAGACUUUGGACGCAGGCUACAGAGGGAUGUGAAGCGAACCGUUGAUGCCCGUCUGAAACUCAGUGAGGAGCUCAGUGGUGGAAGGAUUAAGCCAAAACCCAUUGAGACGCAGGUUAUCAGCCACCACAUGCAGCGCUACGCCGUCUGGUUUGGAGGUAGUAUGCUAGCAUCAACGCCUGAAUUCUACCAAGUAUGCCACACAAAGUCCGAUUACGACGAGCAUGGACCUAGCAUUUGCCGACAUAACCCUGUUUUUGGCGUGAUGUCGUAGAUAGGCGACUACCAAAUGGUGAUAAAGUGUUUUUUGUCUCUCCUUGGGUGGGUGGUACCAGAAAAUCCUUUUACAGAUAAACACUGUGAAACAUAUAUAUGCAGCAUAGCCAGUAUGAGCCAACUGCAUUCCAGACCAUUUUCGUUGGGUGACAGGACAGUUUUUUCGCUGCCUUUCUCAAGCCUUUGAUUUAUUUUCAAGAAUAGUUAAAUGGCAGGAAGUAGCUUGAAAGUGUUCGAAUAGUUGUGAAGUUGGUUUCUAAAGAGUUCCAUAUCUAAAAGAAGAAAAUCUCUCUGGGGGUCUAUUUACAAAAUUGCCUAGUUACAUGUACAUUGCUUAGUUCCCUGAGGCAUUUCAGAGAAGGAAGAGCAUGGUUAUGCGUUCAUGGUACCACCUACACCAUAGCAAACGUUUAUAUUUUGAGCAAAUUAUUUCAAUGCCUUUCUUGAAAGUAAGUGUAGAUUUAGCGAAUACCUAAUCCCCGUUAAAAAUAACAUCCUGAGAUGUGCAGUUUAUGAUACGCUUAAAUAAAACUUUAUAAGAAUGAAGCAUUUUUUUGUAAAAUGAACAAAAUGCCUUUGACUAGUGAACUAAACUGUAGAAGUCAAAGCAGUGAAGGGGCACGUAUGCACAUGAUUAGAAAUCCACACUGCGUUUACUUUUUUAUUCAAUUAUUUCGGAAGUUUAAAGAUUUCAUGCAUCGUGUGAAGGGCUGGUUUUGGCAUACAAAUUACAGUUCAUGUGCACAGGACAGUACAGUUAAGAGUGGAAACAGGAAUUGAAUAUUUGCAUAUUCCAACUGUAAAUUCCUCUCAUGAAUAUUAAUACACUUUACUAUUCAUGGCAGGUUGACUGAAGGUUAAAGGUCAUGCAAAAGUUCAAGAUUGAAAUUGUUUAUUGCGUUUUGGUUGACUGUGUUACCAAAUUACUAAUCCAGAAGCAUUAAACCAAAGCUUGGGAUGUUUUUAGGGAUGUUUUCUAAACAGCAACAUUUUCUCUGUUCAGAAAUAAAAACCUAAGUUUAGGACAGAAUAAUGGAAUCAUCUUUCUGAUGCAAAGAUGUCAGUUUUUUCCUUUUUGCCAUAAUGGAUUAUGAGUAUCUGAAGCUAUGAAAAUAACAGAGAUGUUUGCAAGAGCUAAGCUGUAACACCUAGUUUUGACAGUGACUGUACCAAUGGAACUUUUUAUUUUUGUCUUCAUUUAAAAAGGCUUCUUAGAGAGCCCAUAGGGUAUUUUUGUUAAAGUUAGAUUCUGCUUGGGGAAUAUAUCUUGAACGUUUAGUAGUUGUAUUAUCAUGUAAGCUUUUUCCCCUUGUUGAAUUUUUUUAGUCUGAUACCCUGUGUCUUUGGAAGUGGUGUACUUUCCAGUACCGAAAGCCUCUUCACUGGUUUUACAAUGAUACCAGAUGAACGAGAACCAGUCAUCAAUGAACCAAUCACUGGUGGUCUUUCUGAAGAGCUAUAAAAAGUCUCUGAAGCAAGGAUUGUGCCCCGUCUUGCAGUUUUUAAAUUUCCCAGCGUUUUACAUGAUCCAUGCAACUUUCGUUUCCAUACGUAUUUAAGAGUGUUACCAAACAAUCAAUGAUAAUACCGAUUAAGCAGAUUUUUGUAAAAUGUAUGUGAAAAUAUAAAUAUUUCAAUGCAUUGAUUUUGAAAACAUGAUUAGUUGGAAGGUUUUCUCUUGGGGAGUACUUACAGCUGUAUAAAAUGAAAUAAAACAUUUAACAAGAAAAAUUA